AUGGAGCAAUAUCAUCAUCAUUACUAUUCUAGCUUGUACCUCAACCUUCUUCUCCUCUUCCUCUCCUUAAUCUCCCUCGCCGUCGCAACCAUCUUCUACAAACACAAAUCUCAGUACCACCGCCACGUCAACCUGCCGCCGGGCCGGCGGGGGCUUCCUUACGUCGGCGAAACCCUAGACUUCCUCUCCACCGGAUGGAAGGGCCGGCCGGAGAACUUCGUCCUCGACCGGGUCCGGGAAUUCUCCUCCAACGUGUUCAAGACCCACAUCGUCGGCAAGCCCACCGCCGUCCUCUCCGGCGCCGAGGGCAACAAGUUCGUCUUCACCAACGAGAACAAGCUCUUCGUCGCGUGGUGGCCGGACUCCGUGAACAAGAUCUUCCCGUUCACGGAGACCAGCUCCGUGGCGGAGGAGUCCCGCCGGAUGCGGAGGCUCCUCCCGCAGUUCAUGAAGCCGGAGGCCCUCCAGCGGUACGUCGGCGUCAUGGAUGACGUGGCGCGCCGCCACUUCGCUUCCUCGUGGGAGGGUCGCGACGCGGUGGAGGUGUUCCCGCUGGCGAAGAACUACACGUUCUGGGUGGCGUGCCGACUGUUCCUCAGCUUGGACGAUCCGGAGCGGAUCGCGGAGUUUGUGGUCCCGUUUAAGGACGUGGCGACGGGUAUUUUCGGGCUGCCGUUGGAUCUGCCCUUCACGGCGUUCAGGCGGGCGAUCAGGGCGUCCACGUAUAUAAGGGAGGAGUUUCUGACGGGGAUUAUUAGGCAGAGGAAAUCCGAGCUGGCGGACGGGAAGAAUGCUGACGUGGCCAAAACGCAGGAUAUAUUGUCGUUCAUGCUGAUGGCCACCGACGACAACGGCGAGCGUAUGAGCGAGAGGGACAUUGCCGACAAGAUACUGGGGCUUCUCAUCGGCGGCCACGACACGGCCAGCUCCACGUGUUCUUUCGUCGUUAAGUUCCUGUCGGAGUUUCCUCGGAUUUACGACCGAGUUUACGAAGAGCAAAUGCAGAUAGCGAGAUGCAAAGCAGCGACAGGGGAAAUGCUAAACUGGGAAGACAUCCAAAAGAUGAAAUACUCAUGGAACGUGGCCUGCGAAGUGCUAAGGCUCGUCCCUCCCUUGCAAGGCACGUUUAGGGAAGCCACGACCGACUUCGUCUUCAACGGCUUCUCCAUCCCCAAGGGCUGGAAGUUGUACUGGAGUGUACCGUCGACGCACAAAACGGAGAAGUACUUCCCCGAACCGGAGAAGUUCGAUCCCAGCAGAUUCGAAGGCCGCGGGCCUGCUCCAUACACGUUUGUCCCGUUCGGAGGAGGCCCGAGGAUGUGCCCCGGGAAGGAAUAUGCCCGGCUCGAGAUUCUGGUGUUCAUGCACAACUUGGUGAAGCGAUUCAAGUUCGAGAAGUUGAUUCCCGACGAGAAGAUCGUCGUGAAUCCGAUAGCCGUGCCGGCCAACGGCCUCCCUGUUCGUCUAUUUCCUCACAACGCUUAAUUAGAAUCCGAAAAGAGGACUUGUUGAGGAUUUAAGAUCAAUUGAGUAUCAUGUAUGUUCUUCUUUUAUAAUGAUAGUUCAAUUGUAUUCAACUAUUAUUAGUAGUGCUUUGGCUGGAGUUGUUUGUGAUUUCGCUU